AAAAUAAAUCCGCCGCUAACUUGAUAAAUAUUUUACUCCCCAGUUGUCGCAGCGAGAAGGAGAGGCACAUUUCAGCUUCGGUCUCCAGAGGAGGGAGAGAGAGAGAGAGAGAGAGAGAGAGAGAGGCGGAUGAGCAGAUUAAUGGCGGAGAUCAAAGGGAAAGUGUGCGUGACGGGGGCUGGCGGCUUCCUCGGGUCGGCGCUGGUCAAGCUUCUUCUCUCCAAGGACUACAUCGUCCAUGCCACCGUCAGAGAUCCUGGAAAUGAAAAGUAUGCUCAUUUGAGGAAACUGGAGAAGGCAUCUGAGAAGCUGAAACUCUUCAAGGCUGAUUUGCUGGAUUAUGACUCUCUUUGUGCUGCCAUCAGCGGAUGCAAUGGAGUUUUCCAUGUCGCAAGUCCAGUUCCCUCCAGCACCGUACCAAAUCCUGAGGUAGAGCUAAUCGAACCUGCUGUAAGGGGCACACUUAAUGUGCUCAAGGCAUGUUUUGAAGCAAAAGUUAAGCGAGUUGUCGUUGUGUCCUCUGUAGCCGCAAUUUUCAUGAACCCCAGCUGGCCCAAGGGUAAAGUGAAGGAUGAAAGUUGUUGGUCUGAUAAGGAAUAUUGCAGGAACACAAAGAACUUUUACUGUCUUUCCAAAACAGAAGCAGAAAGUGAGGCUUUUGAGUAUGCCAAAAAAACAGGGCUUGAUGUUGUGACGGUUUGUCCUACCCUCAUCUUCGGGACAAUGCUGCAGCCCUCCCUAAAUUCAAGUAGCCUGGUUCUUGUUAACCUUUUGAAAGAAGGGUAUGAGACACUGGAAAACAAGGUUCGGCUGAUAGUAGAUGUGCAAGAUGUAGCUGAAGCAUUGCUCCUUACAUUUGAGAAGCCUGAAGCUGAAGGAAGAUACAUAUGCACCGCUCAUGCUAUCAGGUCACGAGAUUUGGUGGACAAGCUGAGGAGUAUUUACCCUAACUACAAUUAUCCCAAGAGCUUUACGGAGGUAGAUGAAGAUUCAGGAGGGAUAAGUUCUGAAAAAUUGCAGAACCUGGGGUGGAAGUACAGACCAUUGGAAGACACUCUCGUGGAUUCUGUCCAAAGCUACAAGGAAGGUGGGCUCUUGGAUUAGGGCUGUUGACACUACAUCUAUUUAUCUUCCUCCUCUUCGUGCUCGUCAUGUGACUUGUGAUGGUUACGGCCCGUGAUUGUGAUUUUUCCUUUGCAAAUAGGUUUUGUCAAGAGGGGCAGUCUAGUACAAUAGGCUAAUAAUGCCCAAACAUUCUUGAAACCAUACUGCAAUGGAUCAAAGCCAGCUUAAGGGUACCCCUUGGUGGAGUUAUGUAGAGUUGAAUAAUUGUCUUCUCUUUCUUACAAAUAAUAGGUGUUUGUGGCACUAUCUAUACUAUUUGAAAAUUGUUAAAGGUUUGUACUACAUAUACUAGGUAAAGGCUCAAAUUAUACAUGUAAUCGGGCCUCUUAAUUA